AUCCCUCCUAUCAUGAGUCACUAGGAUUCAGCUAGGCGGAAAAUGGAAUCCUUGCAGUGCCAAGCGGCGCUUUCCGCCUACCCCGCUGCGCCUGCUUCCGCUCCACUACCCCAAGGCACUCUGCGCGCGCGCCCUUCCGCGCUUCUCCGCGUUUCCCGAGUCUCUCCGAGUUUCAGGGCACAUACUGCGCGGACAGUUGCUCUUUGGAGUCAGCAGCUGCUGCUUUCCCGUUCCCCCGCCCUUUCCGCGCUUCCCCUCGCGACGCUCGCUGGCCGCGCGCUGCAGGACGAACGUGCGCGCGGAAGGGGAGCCUCAGGGGGUGCGGAAGCAGUAAGAGGCGGGGGGGGUGAGGCGGAUGGGGCAGCAUCAGCGGAGAGAACGAGGGCGAUCGAGAGUGGGAGGAACGAGCGGCGGGAUGCAAGCAGCGCGAGGCGGGGAAUAUGGAGAAGACAGAGGGGGCAGGGGCCUCGUGCCAGCAGUGCUGAUGCGCCUGCUGCUGCUGCCCCUGUGCCUGUGCCUGUUGCUGCUCCUCCUGCUGCUGUAGCUGCUGCUGCCGUUGCGCCUGUAGCUGCUGCUGUAGAACCGUCAGUGGGAAACCGGCUUCCUGACAUUCACCCCCCAACGUCGCCUCAGCAGAGACCAACUCCCACAACUGACGCCAGAAGCUUCCGAGCUAUUGCCGCCCAAUGCGUCCAUGCAACACUCCUCACUCUCUCUCCGAACCGCCACUGGCACCUGACGAAGCACCUGAAGCACCUGAAGCAGCAGCAGCCAUGGGGGAAGCAGAGGGAGGUGGCACAAGAGAGGGGCGUACCAGAGCUGGCACCAGAGGCUUUGCACGUCAGGGCUCUUGCAAGGUGGCUCAAGAGCGACCACCGGCACUUCCAUGCUGUGGCAAAGAGGUUGGGAGUGAUAGGCCAGGGCGAAGCAGCGUGGAAGCUUCUCCAGUGCUUGGAAAACGACACGUGGGAAGCAGCAGCAGCAGCAGCAGCAGCAGCAGCAGCAAAUGCAGUGGCCCCUGCAGCGGCAGCUGCAGAUGCGGCAACAGCGACCGCUGCGGCAGAUGCUGCUGCUGGUAAGGAUAAGGGUGCUGGAGGAGAGACGAGAGGACGCAGAGGGAUGUGGAAGAGGGAAGUGGUCGGGCCAAGGAAUGGUAGCAGUGAUGAUGGCUCUCAUGUUGGCAGUGCCGGCAGUCACACCAUCAGCUUACAACGCAGCAGCAGCAGCAGCAGCAGCAGCAGCAGCAGCAGCAGCAGGAGGAGGUGGAGGGGGACCAUGGCGCAUUACACAGACGUGCUGGUGGCACUGGGGAGGUCGCAGGGGCGAGGGCAGGGGCAGCGUGGAGGGCAGAUAAAGCGGAUGCAGAAAGGCGGGGGCUCGAUGAGGGAGUUGCAAGGAGUGGAUGGUGCUGUGCUGCUGCUGAGGUGGAUGGAAGCGGAGGGGAACGAUGGGACGGAGGGGGAGGAGGAGGAGGAAGCUAGGUCGGAGGGCAGCGGUGUUGCUCCUCCCCCUGGUUUUGCCUUCCCUGCUGCUGCUGCUGCUGCUGCUGCCGACCCCCCUGCCCCUCCUCCUGCUCCCGAUAUCAUAGCAUACAACGCGGUGCUGUUUGCCUUGUGUGAAGCAGGCCGGGUGCGGGAAGCAGAGGCGAUGGUUAAAGCCCUGCGAGAGAGGGGGCGUGUGUGGGGGAGUGGAGGGGGGGAGUGUGUGAGGCCCAAUGUGUUUUCGUACAGUAUCCUGCUGGGGGCGUAUGCCAGAGAGGGCGAUUGGAGGAUUGCGGAGGCAGUAUGGGCUGAUAUGGAGGCGUGUGGCGUGGAGGGCAACGAUGUGGCUGCAUGCAAGCUCAUUAUGGCGUACAGAAAGGGAGGGCAGUGGAAGAAAGCCGUUGACUUCCUUGACUCGUUUGACUGGCGUUUCGACAGCAGCAGCAGCAGCAGCAGCAGCAGCAGCAGCAGCAGCAGCAGCAGCAGCAGUGGCGGUGGCAGUGGGGCCAUGGGAAGCGCUGGGCAAAAGGACGAUUGGCUGGACACUGGAGAUGCUGAUGAUUUUGAGUAUGAUGAUGAUUUAGACAGUGAGAAUGGGCACCCAUCUUCCGACCGAACCCCCAUCUGCAAUGGUCAGCAGCCACAGCAGUUGCAGCAGCAGCAGCCGCAGGGGCUGUCUACCGGCAGUGCGUUGGAGUUUGCGAGCGUGACGACGAUGAGGGCAGCAGCAGCAGGUGGGGCGCCGUGGCCCGUGGUCAAAGGAGUCUUCUGCAGGCUGCUGGGCAAGAUUGGCGUGCACAGAGUGUCGCUCCGUGCGUUCAACGAGUACCUUCACAUCUGCCAGCUGGCGCUGCCGCCCGGAGCCGUCCUCCCUGAGAUGAUUGCGGGGCUCAGGUGGAUGGCACAGGCCGGCACUGUUCAUAGUGAUGAUGAUGGUGGCACUGUUCAUGCUGACGACAGCACUGUUCAUGGUGAUAAUGAGGGCACUGUUCAUGGCAACGACAGAAUGUUUUGCCCACAGAUACUGCCGGACGCCGCCACCCUCAACACGCUGAUGCCGGCUAUGAGACGGGCAGGCCGGGCGGCAGCAGGUCUACUGUUGCACGAGAUGCUGGUGGGGGGGAAUGAGGAGGGGAGGGAGAGGGGGGUGGGGAGGAGUGCGGCGUUGACUCGUUUGACUGUGGGAGACUGGGCUGACUUCGGGCGAACAGGGAGGCUGCUGGUGCUGGAGAGAGCACUGCAGGAUAGAGAGGGGCGGAGAAGGGAGGGGGCGAUGGGAGGGAGACCGGUAGGGAUUGAAUCGAGUGGUGGUGAUGGUGGUGUUUCUGCUGCUGGAGAGCAGAGAGGAGAGACGGAAGAGGGGAGCACGGUUGAGGGAGGAGGCAAGAGGAUGGUGGGAAGGGGAGGAAAGAUGCCGCGGAGGACGCAGCUCGAGGGGUGGCUCGAGGGGUGACUCUAGGGUCAACUCAAAAUUCUCCAGCAGCAAAGAAAGGCUACAGGGCGGAGCGUGUUGGCAUGACAGCAGAAGCCAGGGAUGUGCUUAUAACGAAGCAGCCUGACGAGGAUUUAUGGAAAGGUGGCGCGUCAGCAGAUGUAGACUGGCAGGGGAUUGUGGCGGUGGAGGCUGACUGUGUGACUGUAACGGAGGUGAUUCUAGCGAGGGUGGCGCUAGGGCAGGAAGAGAGGGCACUCGCUGCUUUUUGGGAUGCG